UAUCUUUCUUUCCUUACCUGCACUUUGCAACUGCAGUGAAGAAAUAAUAUUACAUCAGUCGUGGUUUUGCGUUUUUGCAGCUGCUCGUUUAAUAACAACAGAUACAGAAAAGUGCAUUCUUGGCAGGUUAUUGUUGCACUUGAGUUGCGCCGGUCAAGCUGCUCGGCUGUGUUCUCGUCCGACUCGUUCGCUGCAGAUACUUAUUAUGAAGAGCGAAAUAUAAACGCCAGCAGUUGCAGAGGUCGAAUCGGCGAGGAAGCUCUCGCAAGUUCUCCAAAGUGCUCGAAAAUGGACGUAAUCCUCAACCGGCCACACCUAAUUGCCUACUUUGCCGGCACCAUUUUUCCUUUCACCUGCUUCAUUAGUUAUGUGCUGGCGCUGGUUCUGGACCACAUAGGCCCGUGGAUUACCUACAUUAGCGAUGCCAGCACUGAUCCGCCGAUAAGUGGCAUAUUCGGAAUGCUGCUCAGCUACUCUAUGCUCGCUUUCCUGGCCACUGCGUAUUUGCGGAAACAGUUAAUAGACUUUGUGUUCGAGGAACGACCCGAAAUCGCCACAUCAAAGGUUCGCCUGUUCAACAACUUGUCCGUCUUGUUUGCCUUGACCUCGGUCAUAUGCCUCAUUUUCGUUGCCCACUUCCAAGUCCACACAUCCAUAUUCUUACACGGAACAAUGGCUUUUGUGGGUAUCGGAUUGGGAGUGAUUUACUGCUGUUUCCAGGUUGUUUGCACCAAAGCAAUGAUUCCAUUCUACACAGCCCCUUCACUUUUGUACCUGAGGCUGGCCCUUUCCGUCCUCAGUGCUAUCGCCUUUGCUUUCGGCGUCCUCUCAGGUCUGCUGUCCAUUCACAAAUUCAAAGGAAAAGAGCUUCACAGGUGGGCACCGGAAGACGGCGGUUACCUGGAGCACGCUGUGAGCUCCGUCUGCGAGUGGAUUCUGGCGCUGGUCUACUCGGCCUACAUCAUGUCUUUCGCACACGAGUUCAAAAACAUCCGCAUCCGAACGAUGAAAGUUGCCUGGAAGGGACCGGACAACGACGCGAAACUCGACUCGUCCAGAGAAGACGCAUAAAUCAAAAUCUUUUUAUUAUGUACAGACGAUUUUAAAAUUUAAAACAAUGUUAAUUUAUAAAUUUCAAAGAAAUGUACGUGCAUGAAGGAUAAUUUGUAUUCAUAUUGUUGAGAAGUAAAGACUUCAGAAUUAA